AUGCAUGGGAUUCGUAAAGAUGGGGAAAUGAAGGAGUGGAAGGUAGUUGGAAAAAAGAAUAUUGUGGAAAAUAAGGGUGUGGGAGGAGAGACUUUGAUGUUAACUACAGGGGAUGUUGUUGGGCCUUGUGGGGAGGGACUUAGUAGGCAGGCAAAGGAAAUUGAAGGGGCUGGAGGUAAUAUAGCAAGGGAGGGUUUGGAGGAGGGAGAGAUGAUGGAGGGACCCGAUAUGGGUGUUUUGGGUUUUGCGAAUGUUGAGGUGAUUAAUGAUGGAUCUGAACAUGGUGUAGUUGGGAAGAGGAGUAGUGUUGAUGAUUGUAAUACUGAUGGGGGGUUACUUGUAAUUGAAGUGCUGGAAAAGUGUGGUUUGGAACAGAGUAUAAAUGUGGUGUCGAGUGGAUUUAGGAGUGAACAGAAGGAGGGUUAUGUAUCAGAAGAGCCGCUGUGCCAUGAUGGUGAGAGGCUUGCCUUGUUGCAAUUCAAGGAAAGCUUUAUCAUCAAUCAAUCUGCAUCUUAUUAUCAGUUUGCGUAUCCAAAGGUUUCCUCGUGGAUGCUUGAAAGCAGUAGUACUGAUUGCUGCAGUUGGGACGGUGUUAAGUGCAAUAAAGACACUGGUCAUAUAUCAGCCUCGAUCUCAGCAGCUACUGUCUUCAAGCUUUCAAGGCUAACAAAUCUCAACCUCUCUGCCUCUGUAUUUUCUGGCCAAAUCCCUACAGAAUUUUUCGAGCUCUCCAAGUUAGUUUCCCUAGAUCUCUCGUAUAAUUCGAUGUUGAAGCUCCAAAAAUUUGGCCUAACAGGAGAAAUACCAUCUUCACUUGGUAACCUCACCAAUCUAAAUGUUUUACAACUUCAAAAAAAUAGGUUACACGGUUCAAUUCCACAGUCACUAUCUAGGCUUGCAAGUCUUAGAAUUUUGUCUGUAAGUAGAAACCAUUUGAGUGGCACAGUGGAGCUUGAGUUGUUUGUGAGACUCAAACACCUCUCUGCUCUCCUGCUAUCUGGAAAUGAUAUUGCAUUGCGUACAAAACUUAGCAGCAACUCAACCAUUCCAAAAUUUAUGGCAUUAUCUCUGGGUUCUUGUAACUUGGAUGAGUUCCCGGAUUUUCUAAGGAACCAAGAUCAGUUGGAGCUAUUGGAUCUUGGUGGAAACAAAAUUCACGGCCAAGUUCCAGAAUGGAUGUUGAAUAUAAGCAAAGAAACUCUCAGGGCUUUAAAUCUAAGACAACUUUCUCACCAGUUUUGA